AUGUCACCGAACACCACCGCUGCCACCGAACACCACCGCUGCCACCGAACACCACCGCUGCCACAGAACACCACCGCUGCCACCGAACACCACCGCUGUCACCGAACACCACCGCUGCCACAGAACACCACCGCUGCCACCGAACAUCCACAGAACACCACCGCUGCCACAGAACACCACUGCUGCCACCGGACACCACCGCUGCCACAGAACACCACCGCUGCCACAGAACACCACCGCUACCACAGAACACCACCGCUGCCACAGAACACCACUGCUGCCACCGGACACCACCGCUACCACAGAACACCACCGCUGCCACAGAACACCACCGCUGCCACUGAACACCACCGCUGCCACAGAACACCACUGCUGCCACAGAACACCACCGCUGCCACAGAAUACCACCGCUGCCACCGAACACCACCGCUACCACCGUCGUCACGCGAAGCACCGCUGCCGCCGAUGAUAUCACCGAGCUCCGACGUUGUCACCGCAUAG